AUGCAGACGCCUUUGAAUGAGACUUCGAGGGCAAAGGACUACAUUCAACCUACCUCCACAGUUACAGCUGUCGUCACGGCUUCCUCAGAGCAAAAUGCACCUCCCGCCUACAAACCUCCGACUCAGAGUCGGAAGGCACCGUCUCUCUCCAUGCGAACACCAAUGUUGCAAAAGUUUCGAAAAGCUCCGCCCCCACCUCCACCUACCUCGAUAAUUCGUGAUGAAGGAGAAUUUGCCAAAUCCACCACCGCCAUUCACUUCUCCUCCUCUCUGGACGCGGGGAAUUUAGAGGCGGGGCUCAGUGAAUACCUCAUCAAGUCGCCUCCAACCUACUCCACUGCCAGAAGUACUUCCACCGGCUCUGGUGAGUUAGCAAAGACGUUGAAUUUUAGGGGAUGCACGUAG